AUGUAUUAUCCAUAUGACUUUGAAGAAUCAGAAGAGAACGUGUCAGAGCCUGUUUCUGUUUCAGACGAUGAUGUAGAUGUCUACCAAGACGAAUUGUUUGCUAAUCAUUUUUAUCAUACUCCAAGUCACUCAAUCUCAUCAAAGAAUGAAGAUGAGGAAGAAGAAGAUGAUGUGAUUGAUCAAAGCAGAAUAUUUAACUAUGCAGAAGUCAAAGUAUUUUUGGAUGAAGUUAUUUGUCCAAUAUGUUGUCAAAUAAUAGUUAAUCCGAGGGUAUGUAAAGAAUGCGAUCAAAGCUUUUGUGGUAGAUGUAUUGAAAAAUGGUUUUAAAAUUCAAAUCAAUAAUGUCCAUGUUGUCGAAAGAGUAAAAUCUCUCACAGUAAUGCUUAUUAAAAUUUAGGGAUUAUGGAAGGAAAAGUACCAAAAGUACUACUCAAAUUAUUAAGUAAAUUACUUUUAACAUGCAGAUAUAGUCAAGAUGGCUGUGAAGAAAUUAUCACUUAUGACUUUCGUGAGAAACACGAGAAUAAUUAUUGUUAAUAUUAGCAAUUAGAUUGUCCAAAUUAAGGGUGUGAGGAGAUUAUGUUUCGUAAGGAUCUUGAAGAUCACUAUUUGGAAUGUUAAUAUGGGAGUGUUCAAUGUAAAUAUUGUUCAGAGGAUAAACUAAGAAUGGAAAUAGAAUCGCAUUUAUAUGAAUGUCCAUGUAGACCUAUUUUAUGCGAAUGGUGUCAAGAAAAGCAAUAAGCUAUUGAAUUUAAUGAACAUCUUGAGUUAUGUGAAUUUAAGGACAUCUUUUGUUAAUAUUGCAAGAAGAAAUACAAAAGAUAUGAUAUGAAAAUACAUACUCCCAUCUUUUGUUUGAAUAAUCUUUAUGAGAAUUCUCUUGAGUUACUUUAAUAAAAAGAUGAAAGGAUUUUUGAAUUACAAAAAUAAAUUGAGUAUUUGAAGUCCAGUAAACUAAUGGAAUAGUCAGAUUUAAAUUAAUCAACCUAUGAGGUCUUGAGUGAGAAAUACAAAUAAGAUUUUGAGGAGGACGUCGAAGAAGUCAUAGAGGAAGAUAUUCAAAUCGAAGAGAGUGAUUAAGAAUUAGAGUAAUAACUCGAUAAAGCCAACUAGAACCAACUAUCUCAAGAAAACUAUGAAAAUUUAGACAAACGAUUCUUGAAAGAAGGUAAAUAGGCUGUUGUUGAAAUUCAACCUUUUAAGAAUGAAAGUAUGUCUACUCGUGAUGAUUAACUGAAUAACCUUUGGUAUUGCUCAGAUGUUGAAAUUAAUUAAAUGAUUGAUUUUUUUAAUAUAUGA